UGCAAAUAUUGUCCUACUACAAAAUUUCUAGUAUCUUUUAGAAAUCCUAAUUGAGAUCGGAAUGCAAAUAUUUCUCUAUUCUUUAUCUACCCUAUGAUUGUGUUGGUUUCUUCUUCUAUAUAUAACACUUUUUUCACACACCAAUUCUCUACAUAACACUUUUUUCUUCUAGGGCUCAGAUUGUUCGACUUUCUUCUUUAACCUUUCUUUUACUUUCCAAAGAGACAUGUCUCACCACCACCAAAACUUCGAUACAACAUUCACAAAGAUAUACGUGGGGGGUUUGCCUUGGACAACAAGAAAGGAAGGCUUGAUAAACUUCUUCAAACGUUUUGGUGAAAUCAUCCAUGUGAACGUCGUUUGUGAUAGAGAAACAGAUCGAUCACAAGGAUAUGGCUUCGUCACGUUUAAAGACGCUGAAUCUGCAACAAGAGCUUGCAAGGAUCCGAAUCCGACUAUUGAAGGACGAAUAACUAAUUGCAAACUCGCUUUCGUUGGUGCUAAAGUUAAACCUAACCAAUCCCAACCUUCAAAUUUGCCUCAAUUAUUACCUAGGUAUGAUCCGCAAUAUAAUCCGCGGUAUGAUCCGAUGUCUUACCAACAAAACCGUAUGGCUAACAACACCAACAAUGGUAUUGGCAGCAUCCAACUACAAACGUUGUUAACGGAGAAUCGAGCAGCUCACAGGCUACGGGAACGCAGCCAGAGUUUCUUUCGACACCGGGAUCUUCGCUAACUUGUAGUGAUUCUUGUGUCUGAUGAAAACAGUCAGAGUUAGACUUGCGGAGUUGAAAACGAUGAUUCUUAUGUCAUAUUUUUAUUUAUCAAUGUUAUGUCUAACUUCUUGAAAUAAUUUCAGAGUCAUUGUAGAAUUUAAUUCAUCAGUUAACUAAGGGAAGACGCAAUCUCUUUGGUGUUUUUAAGUCGUUUUUCUUAAAAACUUUGAAUUUUCUUUUGGGUAUUAAAAAUUAAGCUCAAUAAUCAUACAUACAUAUAUAUAGCAUGAUAUCUUUGACUGGAUGUUAAAAAGGCAAAGCUUAAUAAUCA